UUGUGUUUAUUUUUUCCACUACCUACAAUUUCUCUCCCUUUUAUUUCUCUCUACCAUUUGAUUCCAAACUAACUACCAUAAUCCCUCUUAACAUAACACCUAAUCUCCUCUAAAUCUCAUUUUAUCCACUCUUAAUCUCACAAUUAUCCAACAAAAGAGUGAUCUUUAUUGUAUUUUCUUGUUUUGGGGUUAUACUAAGUACAAAAAACUGAUCUUUUUGAGUAUUUUCUUGUUGAUUGAAAGGCAAAAAUAAUAAAUAUAAGAUGGUUGUGAAGAUAACACCUCUUUAAAUCCCAUUUUAUCCAAGAAAGUUCACUUUUUUUUUCCCUCUAAAAAAGCACAAAAGAGUGAUCUUUAUUGUAUUUUCUUGAUUUGGGGUUAUCCUAAGUACAAAAAACUGAUCUUUUUAGUAUUUUUUGGUUCUUGAAAAGCAAAAAAAAAAAAAAAACGAUGGUUGUGAAGAUGAUGAAGUGGAGACCAUGGCCACCAAUAUCAUUAUCAAAAAAAUUUGAGGCAAAAAUUAGUGUUAAUUGUCUUAAAGGUUUAAACUUUUUGUUAAAUAAGCAAGUGGGGUUUCAAGAUUUUGAUAAAUUAAGAGUUGAAAUUAAGUGGAAAGGUUCAUCAAAGGGUAAUUCUUUGAAUUUGAGUUCAUUUACAAGGAGAAAUGUUAAGAAGAAUUAUACAAAGGAAGAGUGUUUAAAUGGAGAUGAUGAUGGUGUUGUUGAAUGGAAUGAAGAAUUUCAAAGUGUUUGUAAUUUUACUGGUUGUAAAGAUGGUGUUUUUCAUCCUUGGGAAGUUGCCUUUACUGUCUUCAAUUGUACAAACAAAGGACCAGAUCAGAAGGUACCCAUACUUGCUGCUGCGACAUUGAACCUUGCGGACUUUGCUUCAGUAGCUGGAGAAAAAGAAGACAGCAUUGAAAUUUUCAUUCCUUUGGAAGCCUCUAUUGGCAGCUUCAAGAGUUCCCUCUCACUUUGUCUAUCACUCAACCUUGUGGAAUUGAGGGACACACGUGAAGCUUCAGAGACCAUUCCGAAGUUUACCAUGUCUGCUCCAGUAUCUCCAAACCCCGGAAAUGUUUUGUUGACAGACAGAAAUGAGGGUUCUUCUUUUAAAGCAGGUCUCCGGAAAGUUAAAUUUUUCAAAGGAUUAUCUGUUAGGCGACAGAAGAAGGCAUAUCAUGAAGAGGAAGGCAGCAGUGAUGGAAGGAACUCAGUGAGAAGUGACGAUCCCGAUUAUGUUUACCGAGUGGAUACAGAUUCACUUGAUGAUGAUUCCGAAGAAGGAGAAUCAGAGGAAGGAAAAGAGGAUACAAGUGUUCAGAAGUCAUUUAGUUAUGAAUCACUUGUCCAUGCGAACCAUGCUGGUGGAUCAUUUUACUCGAACACAAGUGGCAGCGAAGACGAGGACUUAGUCCACUAUAGCCCUCAUAUUUCAGAUGUACCAGCGUAUAAAACUGCAGCACUACCAAAUCAAUCUACAGAGCAGAGUUCAAAACGCAGCAUUCUUCCCUGGAGGAAGAGGAAGUUGAGUUUCAGAUCUUCUAAAAAAACCAAGGGGGAGCCGUUGUUGAAGAAACAUUAUGGAGAGGAUGGUGGGGACGAUAUAGACUUUGAUCGCCGACAGCUUUGCUCUGAUGAAUCUUCUUCAGGGUGGUGCAAAUCUGAGGAAGGUUCUGCAAACCGAUUUGCAGUCUCUGAGUUUGGAGAUGACAGUUUUGCUGUGGGUAGUUGGGAGCAAAAAGAGAUAGUAAGCCGUGAUGGUCAAAUGAAGCUGGAAACUCAGAUCUUCUUUGCUUCGAUUGAUCAACGAAGUGAACGAGCUGCAGGUGAAGGCGCUUGUACAGCCUUAGUUGCCGUGAUUGCUGAUUGGUUCCACCAAAAUCCUAAAGAUAUGCCUAUCAAGUCCCAACUUGAUUGUCUUAUCCGCGAAGGCUCACUUCAGUGGAGGGAUCUUUGUGAAAACAAGACCUACAGAGAACGUUUCCCAGAUAAGCAUUUCGACCUCGACACGGUCCUCGAAGCUAAAGUCCUUCCACUCUCAGUAGCUUCAGAAAAAUCAUUCAUUGGGUUCUUUCAUCCCGAAGGAAUCGAAGAAGUGGAAGGAUUCGACUUCCUUCACGGUGCCAUGUCUUUCGACAACAUUUGGGAUGAGAUUUCUAAAUCCGCUCAAGAAACUCCCUGUUACAUAGUGAGUUGGAAUGACCACUUCUUUAUCCUCAAAGUUGAAAAAGACGCGUACUAUAUCAUUGACACACUGGGCGAGAGGCUUUAUGAGGGUUGUAAUCAGGCUUAUAUCCUCAAAUUCGACAAAGAUACAACGAUAUUGAAAGAGAAAACUGAUUUGAAAGAGGCUGUUGAUGCGGGAAAAAUUGUCAUUAACACCAAGGGCACCGAUAAAAUGCUGGAAGACAUGGUACCUGAAAACAACAUCAUUUAUAGAGGUAAAGACGCGUGCAAAGAGUAUAUUAAGAGUUUUUUGGCGGCAAUCCCUAUUAGGGAGUUACAAGUUGAUGUGAAGAAGGGAUUGAUGGCAUCGACACCUCUUCAUCAGCGGCUACAAAUUGAAUUCCAUUAUACAAUGAGCUUUGAUCCUAAGUUUGAGUCGUCAUCAGAAGAACUAACUGCUAACAGUUUGACAAUACUACCAUCGGCAGCAGCAGAGUAAGCAACGAGUAAUAAAGUUUUACGAGUAUAUACAUAAUGCUAAUCCUUUUGUUCUACAUAUAAUUUAGGAAUUUUGAAAAGCUAAUUGCUGUUUAGUGUUCCCUGGUCUCUUCUUUGUUUUCUUUAGUACAGAUGACUGUAACUGGCUUAGUAUCUCCUUUGUCUUUUCUUCCUCGUGCACGAGGAAUUAUAUGUAAAUGACUAUGGAACUGCUCAAGAGUUCUCUCUUUUUCUUCUCUCAAAGAGGGAAGUUGACAUGAAUGAAUGUAUUAGUUC